AUGCUAUGCCUUGGUGGCCCAGAAAGGUUUGCCCUGCUGUCCCGAUGUCAACUGCAGGACCUGCUUGAAACCCACUUGGAUGAAUGGCAAAAUCAUCCACGAGAAGCAGCACAGGUGUGGAAGAAGCUGGCCCAACGCAAGCAGAUUCCAAAGGCACUUCAGAUCCUGAGGUUUUUGCACAAGCAUGGGGUGGAGGCUCCCGAUGUGAUCACCUUCAACAUCGCAAUUGCAGCUAGUGCCAAGGCAACGAGCUGGGAAUCUGCCCUGGAGUUUCUCGAGUUCAUGCAGCAGAGCCGAACUCAAGCGACAGUGAUCACAGUCAACAGCGUCAUCAACGUCUAUGAGAGAGCUUGCCAGUGGCAAUUGGGUUUGUCUGUGACAGAUCAAAGCCGGAAUGCCGCGAUGCAGCCCGAUGUGGUGACGAUGAAUUCCUGCGCCAGUAUUUGUGCCCGAGCUGGCAUGUGGCGUCAUGCCCUUGGCACGCUGUGGCAGGAGAUCUUUGACGACAAUAUCGCCAUCAAUGCAGCGCUCAGUGCCAUGCCGCGUAGUUCGUGGGCUGUUGCACAACAUCUUUUGCAACGAAUGUUCUGCUUGGAGGUGGAAGCAGACGGCUUCACAUACAGCUCGCUAUUCAACAUUUCCCAUUGGCAAGAUGCUUUGCAAGAGAUGUCAAGCAUUGAGGUUGGCUGCGAUGCUGUUGUAUACGGCGCAAUGCUUGCUUCUGGUGGCGCCGAUUGGGGGUUCUCCUUGCACAGUCUUCAUUGCAUGCAAGACCAGCGAAUUGCGGACUCUGUUGCGUUCAACUGCUGCAUCGCCAAGCUUGGGCACUGGGAACAGGCGUUUCUCUUGCUGGGAAGUCUACGGAAAGAGCAAAACCGUGCCGAUGCUUACAGUUUCAGCUCGGCUAUGGCGUCGAUGUGGAGAUCCAGUUGUGAGAUCAUGAAACAGAUGGAGUGGGGGCGCUUGGUUGUGCGAAGUGUCGUGUUUUCGCUUGGACAGAUCCGGUGUGAUAGGAGGCACGGCGUGCUCUCCAACCUUGUGUGCUCCAACACGGUCAUCAGCAGUUUGAACGACAGCAGCCAAUGGGUGAAGGCAGUGCUUUUGAUGGAGGAAGUGGAAUACGACACCACCACCUUCAAUGCCAUCAUCAGUUCCUGUGGCAGGGCCAGCAAUUGGCAGAUGUCAUUGGAAAUGCUGGCGCUCAUGGGAGAGAGAAAGCUUCAGCAAGAUUCAAUCUCGUUUCAUGCUGCCAUCUCAGCCUGUGAACGGGGAAAUUGCUGGAGAGAGGCUCUGGAGUUGUUGAAGGCCAUGCAGCAAGAGAAAUUGGCUCCUGAAAUCACCGGGUGCAACGCUGUCAUUAGCGCAUGUGAAAAAAGCUCGCAGUGGCAGCAAGCCUUGAUUGUGCUGUCAGCUGUGCGGCAGAUGGGUCUACAAGCAGACGUUGUUACAUUCAACGGGCUCACUGCGGCCUGCCAAUCCAGAAGUUCCUGGCAAACAAUUCACUCUCUUUUCGAAGACAUGCACCUUCACAAGUUGGAAUCAGAUGUGAUUACUUUCAAUUCUGCCAUCCGAGCUCAUGAACAUUGGCCCGUCUCCUUGUCUUUGCAGCUUUUGAUGGCCACCAAGACUUUGCCAAGUGACAUCAUCACCUGCAAUUCGGUUUUGGAAGCGAUUCCAGAAGACAAGUGGCAAGUGUUGGGCGCAUUGCUUCUGAACUUUGCAGUGCCUGCUACAGCUGUGACUCUUGAGAUUUUGAUUGACCGCACCUUGGGUAGCAGAUCUUAG